AAGUUUUGAGUUCUUGGGAAAAACAUCUUUCCGAAAGUAGGCAACCGACCGCAACCUCAGCGCCGCCGCGACCAACGACAACCUCACGUCAAUGUAAAUAAAUAGUUUGCUGUCAUAAUAGUGCCGAGUUGUGUAAUGAGUGCGAUCCCCGCUUGUUUAUACGAAAAAUGGCCAGAGAUUUCGUGAAAAUUUAACAAAUAUGGGUGCGAAAGACUCGAAAAGGAGUUGCCUGAUCUACGAGGAUGCAGUUAAGCGCAUGUCGGAUGUUGAGUUCAAACGCGUCUGCGAGGCGUUCAAACGCCUGACGAACGGCGGUCAGCUCCUUAGUCAGCAGUGCUUCGCUCAGCACGUGCUGGGCGACGGGGUGCCGCCCCCGAUCGUCCAGCGGCUCUAUGUCGCGUGCGGCGGGACGCAGAGGGGUAUCGGUCUCCGCGACCUCAUUUGCGGCUUGGUGCUGCUCACCAAGGGAACGCAAGACGAAAAAAUCAAGUUUCUUUGGACGCUCUACUGCAACGACUCGAGUACGCAGGUAACUCGAGCAGAGUUCCAGGCCGCGCUUCAGGCUGAAGGCAGACCCGCCCCUACGUGGGAUCACACGCUGAAAUCCUUGUUCGGUAUCGGUCAGGACAAGGUCGGCUUCGAAGAUUUCAAAGUGUGGAUCAAGUACAAUAGGGAGGCGACCGUGCUAUCGAAAUGGCUGCUUUCAAAUCCUUGCGUGACCUUGAGCUCGGAGGUGGAGACACCGACGUUUUACCAGACGCUCGCUGGCGUCACCCACCUGGAGGAGCAAGACAUCUGCGAGUUGGAAAAGUGCUUUUGGACUAUACAGGGCGCAUCGGUGACGGGAAAUUUGGACUUUCACUGUUUGACGUCGCUGGUGUGUCCCCCGGUGCCCAUUAAGGCGUGCAAGGGCCUGUUUUUAGCUCUAGACGUCAACCAGGACGAUCAUGUCGACUUUAAGGAGCUGUGCUGCGGGAUAUCGGCCGCUUGCAGAGGCCCGAUGGCCGAACGGAUGAAGUUCUGUUUCAAGAUAUUCGACAUGGAUCGGGACCUUUACCUGAACUCCUCGGAGCUCGAGGAUAUGAAACAGACGCUGAAAUUUAUAGCCAACGAGAAUAAAUUAACUUACGCCCCACAGUACUGCCAUGAACCGCCCCACACAGCCAUCGAUCGCGACGCUGGCGCCAAGGACAACAUUCUUGAUAAGACCUUGGACGUCUUGAAUGAUAAGGUGGAUGGCGACGGCGGCCUCAGUCAAGAGGAUUUUCUCGUGUGGGCGGUACAGGAUAACAGUCUGAUCGCUCCCCUUCUCGAGCUACUUUUCCAAGUGUGCCACGUGUCACUCGGGCUGAAACCCCACUGCCGGCACAACGAGUACGAGAUCGUGAUGGGGUGGUUGGAACGCGAGGAGCGUCGGGGCUUCCACGUCGGCCAGUUCUGGUACCUCGUGUCGUCCGAGUGGUGGCAGCACUGGGUGAACUACACGACGGCGCCCCGCACCAGCGUCGAUCAUUGCCAGUGUCGGGCGGACGGGCGCGGAACCGUCGAGGAAGGCAUUAUAUGCGACGAGAGUUUGAUUAGCAAUACGACCGACUACGCGUCGACGAACAACGACUGCAACUCGAACAGCAUGGAGUCGAUGGGAGAGCUGUUUAGCCGGUUGGAUAGUUGCAGCAUAGCGUCGAGCUCGGGCGUGUCGAGCAGCUCGGGGACCGCGUCGAAACGGGCGGUCACUCCCCCCGGCCCGAUCGACAACAGCUGCCUGGUCGCCGAGCCCGCAUUCAAAGUUGCCACGUUGACGGGGGAGGGGGGCCGUCUCAAGCGUGAUACGCCGCUGGUGCAACGUCGCGAUUUCGAACUCGUUCCGGACUCGCUGUGGAAGGCGCUGUCGCUGUGGUACGGGGGUCCGUUGCCCCUGCCACGGCAGGUGAUCAAACCGCCCGGCCGCUCGGAAGUCGAACUCGAGCUGUUCCCUUUGAACUUGCGAAUUCUAAGGCACCAGGUGGCACAGACCACCAACGGAUCGACGCCGUGGAGCAGUGUCGUCGGCGGCUACGGGGCGGCGCUGAGCACCGCUGGUCUGGCGCCCGCCUCCUCGCCCUCCCAGAUUCGCCGCAGCCUAGUCCACGUGGCCGCGUUCUCUCGCCUAGCUACCGUCCAGCAGGUGACCGACUUCCUGUGCGAGCGCCUCAACCUCAAACCGGAAGACGCGCGGCUCUGGCUCCUCAGGGAUCACCAGCCGCCGUCGCUGCUCGACGACGACCGCGCCAUGCUGCAAGAUAUGGGCGUGCGCGACGCCGAUCAACUUCUGCUCGAGGUUCGCAACAAGGAUCUGACGUGGCCCGAGGAGUUGGACCAGCUGGCCGCUGGCGCCGGUGGGGACCACGCGCUCAUCGAGCGCCGCAUGACGCUCAGCUUGCCGCCCGGCGCUACCGGCCUCCAGAACUUGGGCAACACUUGUUUCAUGAACGCCGCCCUCCAAGCGGUGUCCAACACCCGACCGCUGACCAUGUACUUCCAGCAGGACGUGCAGCUGCUCGAACUCAACUCGGAGAACCCGCAGGGCACCAAGGGCUUCGUCGCGAAACGCUACGCGGAACUGUGCCGCGAACUGUGGACCGGUAGUACGAGGAGCCUCGCUCCCCUCAAGCUGCGGCACUGCGUGUCGAAAUAUGCGCCGCAACUGAGCGGGGGCGGUCAACACGACUCGCAGGAAUUGCUCGCGUGGCUCCUCGACGCGCUCCACGAGGACCUGAACCGCGUCGCGAGCAAGCAGUAUACGCAGUUAAGGGACAGCGACGGCAGACCGGACGAGAUCGUGGCGGAGGAGGCGUGGCAGCAGCACCUUAAGCGCGAGCACUCCAUCAUUACCGAUUUGUUUCACGGCCAGCUCAAGAGCAAGGUAACCUGCCGCACGUGCGGCCACGAAUCGGUCAAAUUCGACCCUUUCAACCACCUCAGCCUGCCGUUGCCGAUGGAGAACUACAACCUUUGCGAAGUGCUGGUGGUCCGACUUGACGGGGGCGGACCAAUAAAGUACGGCCUGCGACUGAACUCGGACGCUAAAUACGGCGAGCUGAAGGAACGGCUCAGCGAACUGUGCGACGUCGAUCCCAGCAGGUUGCUUCUGGUGGAAGUGGCCAGUUGUCAGGUUAAAGAACUGUUGCCUGACGACGCGAAGAUCAACGCGGCGACGGCGACCGAGCUGUACGCCUACGAGUUGCCGGUUGAGUGCGACGAAGCGUCGGACGUCGAAAGGACGUCCGACGUCGUUGAAAACGACGCCGAUAACGAUACAGACGUGGACGCUGGAGCGAGCGACAGUCCCCUGGCCCGAAGCCCAGAGGUAAGGAGUGGUUCGGCCAUUUGCAUGCCCAACAUUCUAUGCUUUAAGAAAAGCAAGUCGGAUGCGCAGGCACAGUCGAAAAACAUUCCGUUGAAGCGCCCCGUUCCCCCCGUACAUUCCGUCAACUCUUCGACCGUGUCAGGUGCCUUCAAGCCUCCGUCUUACCUCGUCGCGGUGCACCGCAAAUGCGUACUGCAGGAGACCUACUUCCUUUCGCAGCAGAAGAGUAAGCCGAGCCUGUUCGGGAUGCCGUUGCUACUCGGUUGCUCGCCGCGCGCCACCUGCCGCGACGCCUACGAUAUGGUUUGGGGUCAGGUAACGCGGCUGCUCAGCCCGUUGCCCCAGAGCGACCAGACUAACCACGCCCAAGACUGUGAUGAUUCCCUAGGUUACGAGUUUCCCUUCCAACUUAAGGCGGUGCUGGCCGGCGGUCAGAUCUGUGCCGUCUGUAACUGGACGCGUUUCUGUCGCGGCUGCCCGCUUCCAUGCAGCGACGAGCCGCUGUUUGAUCGGUGCGGCAGGAACAACGGAACUUCCCAGACGACGUACAUCGCGAUCGACUGGGACCCCACGGCGCUCCAUCUGCGCUACCAGAGCAGCAGGGAAAAGUUGUGGACAGAGCACGAGUCGGUCGCUAUUUGCCGCAAACUCCAUACCGAACCGAUCGAUUUGGACUACUGCCUGAGGGCGUUCACUUCGGAGGAGCGCCUGGAGGCGAAGUACCACUGUAGCAGCUGCAACAACCUGCAGCCGGCCACAAAGAAGCUGCAGAUAUGGCGGCUUCCGCCAAUACUGAUCGUCCACCUCAAGCGGUUCGAUUACGUCAACGACAAGUGGGUCAAGACGCAGAAGGUGGUCAAUUUCCCGUUCAAGGAUUUCGAUCCGACCGCGUAUCUCGCCUCCGUGCCGCAGGAGACCAUCAUCAGGCACAAGCAGCUGUUGGAGGAGAAGAGACGAACCGGCGAAACGCAAGCCGACGACGCGAUACCGGAGGACACGUGCGAGACGCCUAACUCGAGCGGCCGCAACAGCGUCCAGGAGAGCACCAAACUGCUCGAGGGCGACGAGAGCGUCGCGGCGCCGGCACGAAACAACGGGGCCGGCGACGACAGGACAUCGACGUCGCCGCGGCCUCAGAAGUGCUCCAAGCAGACUAGGUCGCGUCUGAUCUCGACCAGCCUACUGAAGACUCCCAUCAUUGACGAGCACCUGAAGGACUACCACGAGCACAAGCUGUUGCCGGGGCAAGACCCGUUCGAUCUGAAGUACCAACUCUACGCGGUCGUGAGCCACUCGGGCAUGCUCAACGGCGGCCAUUACAUCUCGUACGCGUGCAAUCCUAACGGCAACUGGUACUGUUACAACGACAGCUCCUGCCGGGAGGUGGUACCCGAUCCCGAACUGUCCCGUUCGAAUCUGUCGCUGGACAGUUCGAGAGGCGGAUCUUCGGGCUGCACGCCGCUAUCGCGUCGAAAGAACACCCAGCAGCCGCCUGCGCGCAGACCUAGUACGGGCUCGACCGAGUCAGACCAAGCCGCUCCUCUCGCUACGCAGGAGACGGAACAGCAAGGCGGGGAGGAGCGGUGCGUCUUCUCACCGGUACCAACGAGACGUCGAUCGGCAGGCACCCGCCCAUCACCACCGCGGGAAUGCGAAGCAUUUCAACCCCCACCGGCAGGUUGCGGCGAGGUCGCCAACGGGUUCCGCUGCCCGUAUAACAGCGCCAAGAUCCCGAAGAUCGACACUAGCUCCGCCUACAUCUUGUUUUACGAACGGUCCGGCCUCGACUACCGGCCCUACUUGCCCAAGGUGACGGCGGUGACGGAAGGCGGCGAGAGGGCGGGGCGGCGCGAAGAUCUUGACGAAUGCGACGGCGACCUACAAACCAACGGUGCGCGAUUGGUGCCCGAAAAGUCGCCCAUAUUAAAAUGGUUCAAAGAGAAAUUCACCACGUAAUGCCAUAUGUAUAUUAUAUAGCAAAAAAAACCCUAUAGACUGUUGAAAUUUUGGACUUUCACUUUGAGUUCUCUUUCACUUUGUUGGUUAGUUUCCUUUCGUUGUUGAAUGUGCCUGGUGCGCAAGGUGCUCGAGAAAGUUGGUGCGGAAUGUAAGGGCGUUUGCAUAUCAAUAAUUUUUAUAUUGUAGCAUUCGCUUCCUUUUGCACCAACGUUUCCAAACACCCUGUAUUUACGCGUUUUAAUUGUUGUUGAAUUUUAGUUUACUCCGCAAAAACAGGUGGAACGACCGGGUUCUUAGAGAUAUAUUAUAUAUAGAUUAUUAUAUAAAGAUGUAGUUAAUAUUUAUUUAUAGUUGUGUUUAAGUAUUAUUUAAAUCAUGUUGCGUGCCGUAGCCGGUUACGAAGUCGGCAGCAGGUACCUGGUCGGACGCUAGUAGUUCAAACAAUCCGCGCCGCGUCUGACGUAUUUGUCGUCAUGUUUUUGUUUUUUUGAACUAUACACACGCACCCACACACAAAUUUAGCCCGAAACAAAUAAUGUAAUAUAAUAUAUUGAACGAAGCAAUAUUUUUUAGGAGUUUUGUCGGAGACUUAGUUGCGUAAGAGCUAUUUUCUUGUUUUACUGUUUUUUUAAUUUAGGCCAACCAAAGAUAUUUUAUCGAACGGGUCGCGUCGAUCGCGAACUGGGGGCAGGGAGGGGUCGUAGUUUUUUUUUCUUUUGUUGUGAUGCAGUCGAAAUAUUAUCCUGAGCGGUAUAAUUAUGUAAUACGAAAUAUUCCAACUAGUCUGAUAUUCUUUAGUGAUGUUUUAAGGUGUCUGUUUUUUUUAACACGUGUCGAAAGAGAAAUUCCACUUGUAGAGUAAUAAAAUAAUUGUGUUGCUUAGUUACGUUAUUAUGGUGCCAUUAUCUAUAAAUGAAUAAAGCUUGUAUAUUGUUAUAAA